AUGCAAAGCGCACGCUCGACGGGGGGGAAUGCUCCCACAAGCUCCAUCGUUGUUGCAGUACCUGUCCUGGGGGAGUGCCCUCCGCGGCAGGAGACAACUGCUCCCAGGGGAACGAACCGGGCAGCUGGCCAAGAGGAGGAGAGGAGGGAGCAGACGGCGCCUGAGAUGCUGGAGGGGGCUGAGGUGGUGGACCGGAGACGUGAGGAUCUCGCGGCGGGGGGGACGCAGCCGGGGGGUACACCAGGGGUUGCGCUCGUGGAAGCGGAGAAGGAGGCUGCGACUGAUCCACCCGUGGGGGGUGAGGCGGCAAAGGAGACUGUUGCGCCUGCGGGGGGUGAGGCGGCAGGGGAGACUGCUGCACCUGUGGGGGGUGAGGCGGCAGAGGAGAUCGCUGCGGUGUUGCCCGCUGACGCCGCCGACGAGUUGGCCCGGGAUUCUGCCGUGGCUGAGGGGGGGCGAGGCCUGGAGACUGACGCGGUGCACGGCGGUAUGGGUGUGCCUUCGCGUGAGGAGAGCGAUAUUGACGUCGUCGCCCUUCGUGCGACUCGUGGUCGUCGCCCUCAGCCAGCACCGCGACGGCUCGGAGCAGCGCUGGCACCCGGCCAGCCCGGUCCCCUGCACGGGUGGCUCCGGCAAGAGCAGUCGCCACAACAGCAAGCGCCUCGUCCGCCAUCACCGAGUGCACCACCAGCGGGUGAGGCGGCAAUAGCGAUGACGCAGAGAGCGCAGCGACGCGAACGAUAG